AUGGCCGAGGAGAAUGGCUUGGCUUCUCCGAAACAUGAUGAGGAUGACGAGCCUUCGACUUCAAAUGUACAUCCAGACCCAAUGAUGGCUUCUCCUUCAUCUACAAAUGACCCAACACCACUCGCUGAGGUUGACAUCUUCCCCUACAAGAAACAAAGGCCCGAGCGCCCAGGAGAGACCCGAUCAGAACAGGGUUCUUCAUCCACAAAACACGACUCCAGGGAGGAAGACCUUCUGGAAGAAGAUCCGGACGGCAUCGGCCCAACCUUCCCACCCACUGACCAGUUUGGCUUCAUCCGAAAGUCUGAGCAAAUCGAUAAUUAUCGUCCAACGAUAAAGAUGAGCAAGCUGCAUCAGCGGGAGCGGAAGUGGAUCGAGAUGCUGGAGAAUUGGCAUCAUUAUAUGGACGAAAAGUACGACAAGAUCAAGUCGCGAUGUCGGAAGGGAAUUCCGCCAGCUCUUCGCGGAAGAGUUUGGAAAUACCUGUCUGGAGCGAAAUUCCAGAUGGAAGUUUCGAACAAUAAGCUCGUUUUUGAGUAUUUGUUGCGACAGCCGGGCGAGGAGAAGUACAUCGAUGAAAUCAAUAAAGACCUCAACCGCCAAUUCCCGGAGCAUGAGCUCUUCGCAGCUGAAGGGAAAUAUGCGCAGGGAGGAAAGGAAGAUCUCUUCGAAUUACUAAAGGCCUGGACAGUGCUCCAUCCGGAAGAAGGAUAUUGUCAAGGACAGGCUCCUAUUGCCUCGGUUCUGUUGAUGCACAUGCCGCUACGAGAUGCUUUCUAUUGCUUCGUACAAAUUUGCCACAAGUAUCUGCCCGGUUAUUACAGCCCCGGAUUGGAAGCCGUCCAAGUUGAUGGCGAUCUGCUAAACCAGCUCCUCAAAGACAAGGCCAAGACUUGCUAUCGCCACUUGAAGGAGCAAAAUGUGAGCCCGGUGCUCUAUAUGAUCGAAUGGUUUAUGUGCAUCUAUUGCCGCUCGCUGCCCUGGCCAACCGUUCUUCGCAUCUGGGAUAUGUUUCUAUGUGAAGGUAUGAAAGUACUUCUCAAGGUGGCCUUGGUUUUGCUGCACGGCUCGUUCGGAAAUCGUCAGGCGUGCAAGUCGGCUCCGGAUAUGCAUUCGAUCCUCGUUCGGCUGAAGAACUUGCCGAGGACAUUGACGGAUGAGGAAACGCUCGUCAAGAAGGCCGACUUCGGAGUCAUUCUGGGUGUCUACUUGCCGACUAUCCAGCAUAUUCUGGGCGUUACGAGGUUCAUCCGUCUUUUCUGGGCGGUCGGCAUAGCUGGGCGGACAGACAUUCCUGAUGGUUCCCUUUGCUGCUGUUGUACAUUCCUCACCUGCAUCUCUAUCUCGGCCAUCGCCACCAACGGAGUCAUGGAAUCUGGCGGUGCUUACUAUUUGAUUUCCAGGAAUCUCGGGCCGGAAUUCGGGUCUGCCGUCGGGAUUCUGUUCUACCUGGCCAACACUGUCGCGACCAGCAUGUACUUGGUAGGAGGGAUCGAAAUCUUGCUGCUCUAUAUCUUCCCGAAUCUGGCGAUCGGCGGCAGGGACGUGCACCACGAUACGGGCACAUGGGGGAUGCUGACGCACAACCUGCGGCUUGACUCCACUAUUCUACUUCUCAACGAAUUCGCCAUCGUCGCAAUGGGUGUCAAGUUCGUUCAGCUGCUAGCGCCGGUGAGUGACUCUCAUCUGUGUCAUCUGCUCAAUCUGUUCUGUUAUGCCGGCGGUGUUGAAAAGACUCUAAAUCCUUCUGCUGGGCACUAUGUUUGCAUGCGGAACGAUCGACUGCUACAGUCGGAUGUUGUACUCCCGCCCGGCGCCGCCUUUGUGGAUAUGUGCCUCUACUACAACAAAAGUUACAUGAAUCUGCUGAACCUUGCAUCACAACUGAAGGCCGGCCGUGGUUUGAGCAUCGUUGCGUCCUUUAUUCGCGGAAAUCCGUUUUCGGUUGAUGACAGCAAACGGACAAAUGAGAUCAGUGCCCGUAUGGAGGCCGACAUGGGCAACCUGCGAUUGCGCGGUUUUAGCAAGGCUAUCAUUUAUGGAGAAGAUCAAAUCAUCGGCCUCAUGUGCACCUUGGUGCAGUCAAUUGGACUCGGCGGCCUAAAGCCCGACACAAUGCUCAUUUCUUGGCCCACGCAUGAUCGCGGAGAGCACGAACUAGCCGGCAGCGAAUGCCAGACCUUGACCGACAAGCUCCACGCCGCGGUGGCCAUGGAAAUGGCUCUGCUGAUCGACGUUUACUGGAUUGUGCAAGUCGGAGGGCUCUGUAUCCUGAUGGCUUAUCUUCUGAAGCUGAACAAGAUUUGGCGUGGCUGCAAACUUCGCAUCGCCACCGCCCAAGAAUCCGACAACAACACGCGCAUGCAACAAGACUUGCAGAAGUACGUUUACCAACUUCGGAUCGACACGAAGAUACUUAUCGCCGAGUUGGCCGAUCCGCAAAUCUCGAAGAAUGCCUUUGAACGGACGCUGUUGAUGGAGGAGCGUACGAUAUUCAUCCACAAGAUGCAGCAACAGCGCUCGAUUCAGCGGGGCGAGGGGCAGUAUUUUUCGCUUUUGGUGGUCGCCGAGCACCAGCAAGCACGCGAGAAGGUCAACAGCAAGGGGACGAUCAGCAGCAGCGAGGCCGAUGCCGAGACUGAAGAUAGCGGGGAGGCUGAGAAGAAGCACGACGACGAGAAUGAGGCCGUUCCCGCACUGAACGACCACGAUAAGAAGCAGGACGUGAAGAAGAAGAAGGUGUGCGCGCUGAACAGGGACAAAGUUCACAAAAUGCACACGGCCAUCCGCCUCAACGAGCUGAUCACGGAACCUUCGAAGGAGGAUUCUCAGCGGGUGCUGCUCAACCUGCCGCCGCCGAUUGGACGUGAAGGGCUCGAUGACUACAUACAUUACUUGGAGGUGCUUUCCGACAACCUGCCGCGUGUCAUUUUCGUCAGAGGCACCGGCAAGGAAGUCCUUACACCCGGUUCU